AUGGCUGCUGGAACUGAAACUACAACUACUACAUUGGAAUGGGCAAUCUCACUUUUAUUAAACUAUCCAGAAGCAAUGAAGAAAGCCAUCACUGAGAUACAACAAGUUGUCGGAGAAGAUCGAUUGUUAGAGGAAGCCGAUCUUCCGAAGCUGAAUUACCUGGACAAUGUUAUCACAGAGACAUUAAGAUUAUACCCUGCCCUUCCUCUGCUUCUGCCACAUCGAUCAUCAGAAGAUUGCGCAAUUGGUGGGUACCAUAUACCAAAGGGCACGAUGUUGAUAGCUAAUAUAUGGAAAAUUCAAAGGGAUCCCGAAUUGUGGGACGACGCGGAGAAAUUCAAACCGGAAAGAUUUGAAGGAAAAGAAGCAGAAGGGUACAAGAUGCUCCCGUUUGGCGCCGGACGGCGAGCUUGUCCCGGAGCUAACUUGGGACGGCGUGUUGUGGCGUUAACAUUGGGAUCCUUGCUUCAAUCCUUUGAGUUGAAGAAACUCAUUGAUGAUGAGCCGGUGGACAUGACUGAAUCUUCUGGCAUUACCAUGCCUAAAGAAACGCCAUUGGAAGUUUUCUGCAAGCCAAGAAAAGCAGCAACUAUAGAAUUUGCAGCUGUUCAUUCAGUCUAA